GUACCAGGAAACAGUUGGUCUAUCUCUCCGAGGACACACAAACACAUCGACACACGCAAGAACAGUUCAGUAUUACUGGAAAUAAUAACAGAAACAACAUCUACAGAGAGAGGACGGCUUCAGGAAGGAAUACUGGGAAUACUGGAAUACUGCCACUUCUACCAUUGACUGACUGCAGACUGUACAGCGCUUUAGAAAACACACAAGUCAAAGUGAAAGUAAGUUACAGUAAACUCUGUGGAAGAGGAAGUGGAGCCUCGCCCCCUGACCUGUUUGCGCUGUCUGCCUGUCGUGACUUUUGCUUCACUCAGAAGAAAAUGGCUAAUUGUUCAGAGGAGGAUCUGUGCUGUUCUGUCUGCCAUGACAUCUUCAAACAUCCUGUUCUCCUGUCAUGUAGCCACAGCUUCUGUAAAGCCUGUCUGCAGAGCUGGUGGACAGAGAAAAAGACCAAAGAGUGUCCAGUCUGUAAGAGAACUUCAAAGUAUGAACCUCCUUGUAACUUGGUGUUGAAGAACCUGUGUGAGGCCUUCUUGCUGCAGAGAGAUCAGACGGCUUCAUCAGACUCUGAGGCUCUCUGCAGUCUGCACUCUGAGAAACUCAGACUGUUCUGUCUGGAUCAUCAGCAGCCAGUGUGUCUCGUCUGCAGAGACUCUAAAAAACACACCAACCACAAAUUCAGACCCAUCGAUGAAGCAGCUCAAGAUCUCAGGGGCCAGCUCCAGGAAUCCCUGAGACCCAUAGAGAAGAAGCUGCAGCGCUUUAAAGAAGUCAAACAAGACUGGGAUGAAACAGGAAAGCACAUCAAGGUCCAGACUGCAGACACAGAGAGGAAGAUUAAGGAGCAGUUUAAGAAGCUUCACCAGUUUCUACAAGAGGAAGAGGAGGCCAGAAUCUCUGCACUGAGAAAGGAAGAGGAGCACAAGAGUAAGAGGAUGAAGAAGGAGAUGGAGGUUGUCAGCAGAGAGAUAGCAGAUCUUUCAGACACAGUCAGAGCCACAGAGGACGAGCUGAGAGCUGCAGACGUCUCAUUCCUGAAAAACUACAAGGCUGCAGUGGAAAGAGUCCAGCAGCGCCCCCUACUGAAGGAUCCACAGCUGCCCUCUGGAGCUCUGAUCGAUGUGGCCAAACACCUGGGCAACCUGAGCUUCAACAUCUGGAACAAGAUGAAGGACAUGGUCUCCUUCAGUCCUGUGAUUCUGGACCCAAACACUGCUGGUUCAGACCUCAUCCUGUCUGAAGAUCUGACCUGUGUGAGAGAAGAAGAGGAGAGCCAGAAGCUUCCUGAUAAUCCAGAGAGGUUUGGUGAAUUGUGCUCUGUCCUGGGCUCUGAAGGCUUCAACUCAGGGACUCACAGCUGGGACGUCGAUGUUAGAUGGAACAGAAGAUGGAGAGUGGGUGUGUUUAAGGAGUCUGCAGACAGGAAGAGAAACAUUAACUCUGGAUUAUGGAGAGUAACGUUUAAUGAUGAUAAAUACAGAGCAUACACCCCAUCAGGUGAGUGUGUUCGUCUGUCAGUGAGAGGGCGUCCUCAGAGGAUCAGAGUUCAUCUGGACUGGGACGGAGGAAAGCUGUCAUUCUCUGAUCCUGACACCAACAAACACAUAAACACCUUCACACACACCUUCACUCGCAAGAUGUUUCCUUACAUCUGGUGUGGUGAUUCACGUCCUCUGAAGAUAUCACCAGUGAAGGUCUCUGCAUCAGUGAAACAAAAGAGCACAGAUGAUGAUGAUGACGAAGAUGUAGAUGAUGACGACGACGGUGUAAGCUACAAAAGCGACGACGGUGUAAGCUACAAAAGCUACGACAGCGAGGAUGAGGACGAGGACGACUAGGAGGACGAGGACAAAGAUGUCGAAGAUGACGACGAAGAUGACGACUGCAACGACAGCGAUGAUGAUGUGGUGACCAGACUGAGGUCGAGGAUGAUGAGGAAGAUGAGGAAGUUGUUGAAAUA